GAGUGUAUCCAGCUCUGUCACUCUGACCUCACUGCUGAGACGCCCAUCAUCCCGGGCCGGGCCCACCUCCAACCUCCCUCUCUGUCAGACUCCUCCCCCUUCGUCCUGCCGCCCUCCUCCUCCAAACGCUCCUACUCCAUGGAGCACUUCCGCUGGGGGAAGCCCGUCGGCCGCAAGCGCCGCCCAAUCAAAGUGUACACCUCCAACGCCGUGGAGGAGGAGUCUGCUGAGGUUUUCCCCGGUGAGAUGAGGAGGCGGGAGUUAGCCAAUGAGCUGUUAGCAGCAGCGGAGGAAGAGGAGGAGAAGGCGCAGGAAAUGAUGGAGGAGGCGGGGGAGGAGGAGGAGGAGCAGCUCCUGGGUGGGGUCCACGAUAAAAAAGAUGGUUCCUACAAGAUGAAGCAUUUUCGCUGGAGUGGCCCACCCGCCGCCAAACGCUACGGCGGCUUCAUGAAGAGCUGGGACGAACGCAGCCAGAGGCCGCUACUCACGCUCUUCAAGAACGUCAUCAACAAAGAUGGACAGCAGCAGAAGUGAAGGGGCGGGACGGGGGAGGAGACAGAGAACUUUUUACACAUCUUCGACAAGCGGCGAGGAGCUCUGAUUGGCCGAAGAAGCUCGUUAGUGACGGAGAAAAAGAAACUGCUGAUCCUGAAUGACAGAAAAAGAGAGAGAGAGAGAGAGAGAGAGAGAACGGAGUUUUGAUAUUUAUUGAUUCAUGUAAAUUUCUGUACAUUUGAUGAAAUCAUAAAAGUUAUGAAGCAACAGAA